AUGACUGACGUUCCUCUUCCUGAAUGCCUUCCAAAGCCAGAAGAACCGAAAGCUGCAGAACCACAACAGUCUCCUCAGCAACCUCAGUUCCAGCAAGUACCUCCGAUUUACUACCAAUUUCCACCUCAAGGUUACUACCCACCACAAGGCUUCCCGAACUACCCUCCUCAGCCUAUGCCUUACUUCCCCAACCCUUGGAUGUUCCAGCAAGCUCCACCCCAGCAAUUCCAAUUCCAAUACAAAUCGAAGAGAGCCCAAGAGUUCGAAGAAGGUCUGAACCGCUUACGCAAAGAGUACGCUACAGCCCCUAUUGAGAGAAAGUUGUUCCCGGACCCAAAAAUAAUGUUUAUGUUAGAAUGUUAG